CAAUAUUAAACAAUUUGACGAAGUAGAACAAUUUUUGUUUGAAAAUGUGAUAGGAUUUAAAAAUGAAGUUUUUAAUUUUUUUGUGUUAUAUUGCGCACAUCCUACAACGCACAUCAGCAGUCCCGCCCAGCACCACGCCAAUCCUUCGUGAGAAGGAUGCCAUCAGGACAUCCAAAACUGCAGAAAUUAUCAACUUUGUCAACAGCAUGUAUAAUGGAGACUCUUUAGCGUUCCUACCGAGAGGGGAUGACCUGUUACGAAAGAGAAAAGACAAGAGCGAGCGCCGACAUUUCGCGAAGAGUCUACAGCACCUCUUAGGGGGUGCAUACAAUUUCCCUCACCCGGACAAAAGACAUGAUUACGAAGUUGACGGCUAUCAGCAACUGGCUUCAAAUGUCAGAUACCAUGUCAUAGACAAUCCAGAAGUUUUAGAAGAAUACUUUAGAAAGCAGAAGAGGAAAGCAGAAAGAAAGAAGAGGAUGAAAAAGCCCAUAUAUGACGCCUCAGUCUCCCUAGAUUAUUUUGAAUUCAAUUCUUUGGAAAAAAAGCACAAAAAGAAAUCAAAAAGGCGAUUCGAAGAAUUUGGUGAUCUUGAGAAUUUAGAACCAGUAAUCGAUUCAAUGGAAAAUACCAAGAAUCCAACCGACAUGAUAGACCAACUCAUACCCAAAUCUGACCAAGACGUAACCUUCCAACCAAGCUUCCCUGAUGAGGAAGAAGAAGAAGAAACAACAGCCGCAGAUGAUAUAGACUUGAAGAUCAGAGAAAUAGAGAAGGAAGAAGGACAGAAAGAAGAUAAUACAGAGCAUGAUGACACACAUAAUGAACCACCGGCAUUAGGUAAAAGUACUGAGAAUGAGCCGAAUAAAGAAGAAUAUCCUCGCCCACAAAAGCAGCAAGAAAAAGAUGAUAACAUUAACGAAGAAGUAAAACAAUCAAAUGAAGAUAGAGGAAAAAGUGAGAGAGAAAAGAGUCCAUUAAGAGAAGAUAAGGAAGAGAAUAGUUACAGAGAUGAUUAUAAAAUAAAGAAAGGGAGUUACGAAGAGAGAACUACACCGGUAGAUAAGAAAGAAGAGUCGUGGACUAAGAGAGGAAUAAAGAAUCAAAGUGAAAUAAAAUCGUUGAAAAAAUUGAAGGUAGUGGAGGAACAGAAUAGAACAAAGGAAGACGACAAAGUCAAAAGUGGAUAA